GUUCCCUACUUACUCCUCCCACAACAAGGAGCUACUGCCCGUACUGGGUCGCGCGCUUUCUCCUCCCCUCAAACCCCUUGCGCACUUUCUCCCGCCCAUCUGUCAAUCACCGCGCUCAGCUGUCCAGUGAGCGGGCCAAGGGGGCGGGGCCAUCAGGGGCGUCGCGUGACGUCUACAGUCCGCCAGCCGCGGAGCCGGGAGAUGAGUGUCGAAGGAGGCGCGUGACGGAGAAGCGGUUGGCCGACGCCGCGGCGGCAGUCGUUGUAAACAAGGCCUCGCGCCGCUCCGGGCCCUGCGACCGCUCCUGGCUGAGCAGGCUUUGCUUUCACCAAAUCCAAGGAGGUGACAGGAGGAGUCCCUGCACAGGACUUAAGGAUGCUGUGACCAGAAGAUGGGCUCACGGAACAGCAGCAGCGCAGGAACUGGGUCCGGAGACCCCUCCGAGGGCUUGCCCCGAAGAGGGACUGGCCUGCGUAGGAGUGAGGAAGAGGAAGAGGAGGAUGAAGAUGUGGAUCUGGCCCAGGUACUGGCCUAUCUCCUACGCAGAGGCCAAGUGAGGUUGGUGCAGGGAGGAGGUGCAGCAAAUUUACAGCUCAUCCAGGCCCUGUCGGACUCGGAGGAAGAGCAUGACAGUGCCUGGGAUGGUCGUCUUGGAGACCGAUACAACCCACCCGUGGAUGCAACCCCUGACACCCAGGAGCUGGAAUGCAAUGAGAUCAAGACACAAGUGGAAUUGGCCACAGGGCGUCUGGGCCUUAGGCGGGCAGCCCGGGAGCACAGCUUUCCUCAAAUGCUGCACCAGAGAGAACGGGGCCUCUGCCACCAGGGAAGCUUCUCCCUUGGAGAACGGUCUCGAAUGAUGUCUCACUUCUUGCCCAAUGAUCUGGGCUUCACUGAUACCUACUCUCAGAAGGCUUUCUGUGGCAUCUACAGCAAAGAUGGUCAAAUCUUCAUGUCUGCUUGCCAAGACCAGACAAUCCGACUGUAUGACUGCCGGUAUGGCCGCUUUCAUAAAUUCAAGAGCAUCAAGGCCCGGGAUGUAGGCUGGAGCGUCUUGGAUGUGGCCUUCACCCCUGAUGGGAACCAUUUCCUUUACUCCAGCUGGUCUGAUUACAUUCAUAUCUGCAACAUCUACGGGGAGGGAGACACACAUACUGCCCUGGAUCUAAGGCCAGAUGAGCGUCGCUUUGCUGUCUUCUCCAUCGCUGUCUCCUCAGAUGGGCGAGAAGUGCUAGGAGGGGCCAAUGAUGGCUGCCUGUACGUCUUUGAUCGAGAACAGAACCGACGUACCCUUCAGAUUGAGUCCCAUGAGGAUGAUGUGAAUGCAGUGGCCUUUGCUGACAUCAGCUCCCAAAUCCUGUUCUCCGGGGGUGACGAUGCCAUCUGCAAAGUGUGGGAUCGACGCACCAUGCGGGAGGAUGACCCCAAGCCUGUGGGUGCGCUGGCUGGACAUCAAGAUGGCAUCACCUUCAUUGACAGCAAGGGAGAUGCCCGGUAUCUCAUCUCCAACUCCAAAGACCAGACCAUCAAGCUCUGGGAUAUCCGACGCUUUUCUAGCCGGGAAGGCAUGGAAGCCUCUCGCCAGGCUGCCACACAGCAAAACUGGGACUACCGCUGGCAGCAGGUGCCCAAAAAAGCCUGGCGGAAGCUGAAGCUCCCAGGGGACAGCUCCUUGAUGACCUACCGGGGCCAUGGGGUGCUGCAUACCCUCAUCCGCUGCCGAUUCUCCCCCACCCAUAGCACCGGCCAGCAAUUCAUCUACAGUGGCUGCUCCACUGGCAAAGUGGUCGUGUAUGACCUCCUCAGCGGCCACAUCGUGAAGAAGCUGACCAACCACAAGGCCUGUGUGCGUGACGUCAGCUGGCACCCCUUCGAGGAGAAGAUUGUCAGCAGUUCGUGGGACGGGAACCUGCGUCUGUGGCAGUACCGCCAGGCUGAGUACUUCCAGGAUGACAUGCCAGAGUCUGAGGAACACCCGAGCACCCCUGCCCCAAUGUCCCACCCCUCUACAGCCUUUUCCUCGCCCCAGUAGAUCUGACUUCCAGCCCCAUUCAUGGGUGAGCCUCUUGAUAUCUCUCCGCCUCCUCCCUUUCUCCCUUCUGGGGGAUCUUUGGGGAAUCACUGGCAUUGGGUGGGGAGAAACAGAAGCCCAGGCUUCGGCCCCCUAGCUAAGCCCCGGGAGGGAGAUCCUCCCCUUGGGGCAGAGUGGUCUUCUCACAUGCUCACACCCAUCAGCUUGGGUCUCUGUCUCUGGUCAGGGUCAGGCAGGACUGCCAUUAUCUGGUCAGCAGGAGUAACGUCCUGAGUGUUUUUAAUCUUGUUUGGAUAUUAAGUCUUAGCUCCUAGAGUAGAUGCCUGGGGCCAGGUCUGAACUGAACCAGGCCCAUUGCCCAGGCCUUCACGUUGAGGACUAAACUGGUCAAUCAGGACCAGGCGUCCUGGCCUUUCUUCCAGAGGUCCUAAUGGCUAGAGCUCUAGCCCCUCAGGGGAGGGGGGGAUGGGGAGCGUGUGUCCUCAGCACCGUCCCUGGCUGGGAAUUACGUCUUCUCUUUCACGUGUCUGGGUCUUUGGGGUAGGCAGCCUGUGGUGUGAGAGGCUCCAUGUGACCCCACACAGGGUGGGCCCUCCCCUCCCCCAGUGUUCCCUCGUGCAGGAGGCCAUCAGCUUCGAGGAGGGAUGUUGAAGUAGGACUCCUUCGUCCUCUCACUGGCUUUGGCUCCCUCAAUAAACUCUCUGUGGGAACCUA